AAGGAUUAGACAAGGGGAGGGAAAAAGAGAAAAAACACAGCCAACUUUGUAGACUAAAACUGGCAAAUGUGGUGGAUUAGAGAACGGUUCUGUCCUGUUCCCUUCUUCUUUCAGGGGCACAGAGAGAGAGAGAGUAGGUAGGGUGAGGAAGGGGGAUAGGGUGGGACGGGGAAGGCACUUGACGACGAGGCAGCGGCCCCGACAUGCCUCGAUGACUCCCACUGCCCUCUCUAAUCACGUUAAACACUCAACGACGAAUACGAGGAGUAGGUGCUUGGGCAAAAUUUUGCCCUCUUGCUUCUCCCGCAACCCAUCUCCUCUCACCCCCUCUCUCUCUAUCCUCUUUUUUUAAAAAAAAAAAAAUCUUUGUACCUGCUGCGACUCUGUCACCCAGCCCCAUCCGACCACGUAUUGCCCAUCGCCACCACCGCUACCACCACCGGCACCGCCGCUAGACCAUUACUUGUAGGUCGCAUCUCCGCAGCCACAGACCCUCGCUUUUAUCCCUGUCACCCUGUUCUGUUCCUCCCCCCUCUCUAUCUCUCCCCUCUUUUUCUCUCACUCCCUUUAUUUUUUGGUUCAAAUCCCGAAGGAGAAGAGGAACAGGAACAACAGCUAAAUCCAACGGGCCCGCCCUUCGCUGCCCGAGCGCUCGUGAUCUCUCUUUCCCUCGUUCCCUCCCCUCCCUCGGUUCGCUCGUCUCUUAACGGGCAAUAAUUUCCAUUAUUUUCGGGUGGGGGUGUUGGAAUCGGCCUUCUCGCCGUGUCCGAAUCUUGCCACCGUUUUCCCCCUUGUCUUUUGAGCCCCGAUAUGCCUCCGUUUAGCCACAUGUAUAUCUACACACCUCUCUUGGAUUCAUCCGGGCAGCCACUCCCGUUUUCCCUUCUUCAUGGCUGCUUGCGUUAUGCUCGGGAACGGCUCUUCUGCUGCUCUGCAGGCGCGGGCACAUACACCAGCCGGUGACUCCCAAACCUCACAGUCGCUAGCAGAAGCCAGAAUGACGACCAGGAAGAGAACGGCAGCCGAGAUGGACUUUCCGUCCGGCGCUGACAACCACCCACUGCCGUCAUCAUCAGCAUCGCCGUCGUCAACCUCUGCGUCUCAGAGGCCCUUCCGGCGACUUGCUGGCGUCCCCGCGGCUGCCUCCACCGGUCAAUACUUCGUAGAGGCACAGCUUGAACUUGAAGUGGGCGGAGCGCAGCCAAGGUGGUGGUACCAACAACAGCAGCACCAGCACCAGCAUCAUCAACAACAACAACAACAACAACAACAGGAGUUUGAAAACCCUCCUCCUCCUCUUCCUUCAGGUCAGAUAGGGAUCACCGCCUCCUGGCAUCCCGACCACCUGUUUCCUCCCGCCAUCCCUCGCCAACACCUUUCCAACCCCACCACCUCGACUCAUGGGUUCCUUACGAACGAGCCUUUCGUCAUCGACCCUUCGCAGCAACCGGCGUUGCCCUUGCCCAUGCCGUUGCCCUUGCCGGUACUUCCCCCGUCACUUUGUGGCGGGACGGGCCUCUCCCCUUUGCAGCCAUCGUUCACUACGGCGGAGAGGGGGAGCACGGUGCUCCCUAUGCAUCCCUCUCAUGCUUCCCCAUCUCCUGCUUUCACCGUGGAUGACUCCCCAGACGGCGCCAACGCCGCAGCCACCGCCUGCAUCGAUGGCAUCAUCAGAGACUUAAUCCACUCGUCCACUAACGUGUCCGUCCCCCAGCUGAUUCAAAACGUGCGAGAGAUCAUCCAUCCUUGCAACCCUAGCCUCGCCCUCCUCAUUGAACAACGGCUUCGAUCCCUCACUGAUCUCCCGAGCACCGGCGUCAUCGGGGGCAGCAGCAGCAGCAACAGCAGGAAGCGAGAUCAGGUUUUCCCGGGCUCUGGCUUGAAGCUCUACCUGGACUCAAACAUCGUAGACAACUAUCCCUCUGCCGCCACCAACAUCGAUCACCUCAACCGUUUGCUCGACUGGAGUUCCCGGGCCGAUAACCAAGAGGGAACGACGUCCCACCACCAUGCUUCCGCAUUAGCCAUCGGCAACACUGCGAGCACCAACACGGCUGCCACUACCUCUCCCCAUCUUUCUUUGCAAUACCAUUCGCCUUCUCAAACGUUGGGUUCAUCUGGUACUGCUGCUGGGGUACCGCCAACGUCCUCCUGCCAGUCGGGAGCGGUUUCCGCCAGGAAGGCUUCUGACGAGCAGCGUCAGAACAAGUCCCCUCCCGCGGCAGCGACGGCCUUGAGCCAGCAGCAGCAGCAAAAGCGGGACGAGGAAGGUCUGCACCUUCUUACGCUUCUGCUACAGUGCGCCGAGGCGGUGGAGGCAGAUAACCUGGAGGAGGCCCAGAGGAUGCUGCUGGAGAUCAGCGAGAUGUCCACGCCCUUCGGCUCGUCGGCCCAGCGGGUUGCCGCCUACUUCUCGGAAGCCAUGUCUGCCAGGCUCAUCAGCUCUUGUAUUGGCGUCUAUUCUCCGCUGCCCCCGUGCACCCACAGCCAGAAGAUAGUCGCGGCGUUCCAGGUCUUCAAUGGGAUCAGUCCGCUGGUCAAGUUCUCCCACUUCACUGCCAACCAGGCCAUACAGGAGGCGUUCGAGAGGGAGGACCGGGUCCACAUCAUCGACCUGGAUAUCAUGCAGGGAUUGCAGUGGCCGGGCCUCUUCCAUAUUCUGGCGUCCCGACCGGGGGGCCCACCGUCCGUCCGGCUGACGGGCGUCGGCUCCUCCAUGGAGGCACUGGAAGCCACGGGCAAGCGGCUUUCCGACUUCGCGGAGACACUGGGCCUGCCCUUCGAGUUCUUCCCCGUCGCCGACAAGGUCGGCGACCUGGAUCCCGACCGGCUCCGGGUCAGUAAGGCCGACGCCGUGGCGGUGCACUGGUCCAGGCACUCGCUGUACGACGUGAUUGGGUCGGACAGGAACGCGCUGUGGGUGGUGCAGCGGCUGGAGCCCAAGGUGGUGACGCUGGUGGAGCAGGACGUGAGGCAUGGUGGCCCCUUCAUCGCUCGCUUCGUAGAAGCCAUCCACUACUACUCCGCCAUCUUCGACUCACUGGGAGCGAGCUACGCGGAGGACAGCGAGGAGAGACACUCCGUGGAGGAGGACCUGCUGUCCAGGGAGAUAAGGAACGUGCUGGCGGUGGGAGGUCCCGGCAGGAGCGGCGAGCUGAGGUUCGAAAGCUGGAGGGACAAGAUGAGGGAGGCGGGCUUCCGGGGGAUGUCUCUGGCGGGGAACGCUGCUACCCAGGCCACCCUUUUGCUGGGCAUGUUCCCGAGCGAGGGCUAUACGUUGGUUGAAGAGAAGGGCAUGCUGAAGCUAGGAUGGAAGGACCUCUGCCUGCUUACUGCCUCCGCCUGGAUGAGGCAUCACCACCAUGAUGCCUACUGCAACCUUCACCACUUGCACCACUUCCGCCGCCGCUGCUGCCCCGGGCGGCGGUGGUGGUGUCAUCAGUCAUCAGCAUCUACUGCACCACCUUUCCUGAGUUAUUUUUCCUCCUCUCAUGGUGAUCACAUUUGUCAUUGCAGCUUGUUGAAAGAGAGAAUAAUUGGCCGCUAUCCUGGGAGACUCUCCGGCGAAGUUAUGCAAUUAAUCUCCAGGUUCAGAGGCCCUGGCGAGCGUGCAAAUCUCCCAGUCACGUAUUCUUGUUCUUUACGAUUUUUUUUACUUCUCAGUACAAAAAGGGAGAAAAUUUUAGGGGAUCUGUGUAGCGACGAAGACGUCACUGGAAUUGAAAUUUGGCAACCAUUAUGGCGUAAGUGAAAAAAUUGAAAGUCGCCAUAUUUGCACUUUUAAUAUAGUGUUAUGUAAGCUGAAUGAUCUUUGUGGUACGUUAUUAAACGUGCAGCCCAGAAGGCAGUGCUCAUGGAAUUUUAUAUUUUACUAGAUUUCAUUUUAUAUUUUUCUA